CAUGAUAGUUUUGAAAGCAGAUGGAAAGUAGUUUAUGAUUGCAUUUCAUCCGUGAAAAAAAAGGCCUUUGCACUUCUAGUUAAAGGGAAGGAUUUAUUUUGUUUGAAAAGAAUCUUGUUUGAAGGUAAGAGGAUCAUUAUAAAAAAGGUCAUAGUGAUGUUAUACACUGUUCCAAGAUGAAAAUGGUAAAAUUCAUCAUUAAAAUGUCAGCUGUCUCAUCUUAGGAAUAAAGAGGGAAAUAAGAUGACUGUCUUUGCUCUCACACGCACGGUGGACUGGAGUGUGCAGCUCUGCACUAAGCAUCACAGAAACAUGCAAAGAAAGAGCAGAGAGACAGAAGAGCUGGUCGCUCCUCUGAUGCAAGUUGUUCAUUCUGGUCCUUUUGGUCAUUCCAAAGAGGAGGAAGCUCUUGGCCCUGCUCAGGUGUCCUUGCUGUGCUGUCAGGCUGCUGCUCAGUGCUGCUGGCCCCGUGGUUUAAUUACAGCCAUCAGACAGAGCUUGGGAAGGUUGGCCAUGGGUUUGUGUGCUCUAGAAUUGCCAAUAAGAUUUCUAUUUUAAAAUAUUUUCUCCUGCUUUUUUCUCUUCUUGGUCGACGUGUUUUUAUGUUGGGAUUGCUGACAUUUGUUCUUUUUCUGUUCCCCCUGACUGGGCAGCAUGGAAGCAAGCAGGUUCCAAAGCAGCCCUGUCCUUCCUUACCUGUAGAGAACCUUCAGGGCCAUAAGGUACAUUCCUCAUUUGUCUGUUUUGUGUGAGUGUUGGGGAUGAACAGUUGUGCCCCACCAUGGGCAAGCUGUGGUGUUUCUGAUGUGCACAGAGUGAGGAAGUAAUGGAAAUUAGGGUUUAAAAUACCCCAUAAUUGUCUAGCAGCUUCUCUCUGGAGAACUCCAGCAUGAGCUGGCUUACCUUCAGGCACUGAGUCGUAGUGUCUGCACAGGAGAGGAGCAGAUGGGAGGCAUUCAGCCUCUUGUCCUGUGUGAGCAGGCUGCCAGAGCUGCUCAGGAAUUACAUCCUUUCUGAAUACUGGUGUAAGAUAAAAAUAAAACAACAGAAAGGUUCUUAGCAUGUGACACAUCACUUCUAAAUGUUUUAUGUGGACAGUUGGUGUGCUUGUCCUGAAUUGCAGUUCACAAAUCUUGCAAACAGAAAUGUGUUCAAAACAUGCAAGUUAUGCAGUAGUAAAGCACUAUUUCUAUGUAGUUACCUCAGGUGCAAAUAUUAUUUGUGUGGUAGAACAGACGUUAAUCCAUUUGUUUCUUCUUGAGCUUCCUGUUAUGUUUCCUGUCUUAAGAUGCAUUUUAUAAAAUGUAUUUUCAGCACACAUGUGUGGUCAUUAAUCUCAGCUGAAUUUUAUUGAGUGGCUGAAUCAAGGUUGAAGAAUGUAUCAGCAGAGCUCCUGUGCACACAUGGCUGCAGUUUGGAUGCCAUGAGCCCAAAAUUGAUGAAAUUGAUGGGGGAAAAAAAAAGCACAAAAUGGAUUUGAAAAGGCAGAGAGGACAACUGUUUCACUUUUCCAUGCAGGUAAACUGUCGAGCUCCCCCUGAGCACUGUUUGCUUAAUGACUAAAGGGAAAGCACUUCAUGUCACUCUAAAAAGUAAAUAGCUGAAGUUAUGGAUUAACCCAAGUUCCAGCAGAGCUCAUGGCGGAAGAAUAAAUCACGCUGAUUCACACUGAAUAAAGCAGUAAGUGCCUCAAAGAUAUCAUAUCACUCAGGGUUUCAAAGAACAGCUUAAUUUAAUUAAGCAUAAAACUUGUCAGAAGCGUCUGAUGGCAAGGGGAGGUACUAGGGCCAAUAGAGAAUGCUCUGGGUGAGCUGCUGCUGGGUUGGAGGGAUCUGGAAGCAGGCUGGGGGGCUCUGACAAACCACGUUGGAGCUGACAUCAGGGAGAAACAGCAUUCUGAAGCUGCUAUGUGAUAAAGAAGUGAGGAAAACCUGAGCUGCCUGAACAGACCUGGCCUCCAGCAUGGGGCCGUGCUGCAGCUCACUGCAUGCUCCCCUUCACACCUGGAUGUUCUUCCUAGGGGACUUCUGCUGCAGCAUGUGGAAGCUCAUCACUAUAGGGGUGCUGCUGGCUGCCUGCUCCUCACCAGUGUGCCAUACCUCGAUAUUUUACAGCUACAAGGAUGCAAACCAAGUCCUGAAAAUCCAGAAGAGGGCCAACUCUUUCCUGGAGGAGAUGAAACCAGGCUCUGUGGAACGUGAGUGCCGUGAGGAGGUGUGCAACUUUGAGGAGGCCAGUGAGAUAUUUGAAACCAAGGAAGCCACACUAGAGUUUUGGAACAAGUAUGUAGAUGGAGAUCAGUGUGCACAGAAGCCUUGUUCCAAUGGGGCCUGCAAGGACAAUAUUGGAUCAUAUUCCUGCAUCUGUAACAAAGGCUGGGAGGGAGCUCAGUGCAAUUAUGUGGUCAAAUACAAUAACUGUUCUGUGGAUAAUGGAGGAUGUCAGCAUUUCUGCAAGGAAGACCCUGCCAAGCAGUGUCGCUACUGCAGCUGUGCAUCUGGCUAUCAGCUGAUGAACGACCAUAACAUGUGCACACCUGUAGUCGAGUUCCCCUGUGGACGAGUGAAAAUGGACUACACUGAAGGCAAAGCAGAAUUCAAUAUUCGGCUUAUUGGGGGAAAUUCAGGAGGAAGGGGCUUUAGCCCUUGGCAGGUUAUGCUGCAAAAUCUGAAAGGGAAAUUUCUGUGUGGAGGUGUUCUCAUCCAUCCAUCUUGGGUCCUAACAGCUGCACACUGCGUUGAGACAGGAGAGACUCUCAAAGUAAGACUUGGUAAAUACCACCGCCUCCGUAUCGAGACCAGUGAGCAAACCAUUCGUGUUGACAAAUACGUGCGCCAUGAGAAUUACAGCAAGCUGACCUCCGACAACGACAUCGCCAUGCUGCACUUGGCAGAGCCAGUCAUGUAUAACAAAUACGCCCUGCCCAUCUGCCUUCCCACAAGGGACCUGGCAGAACAUGAGCUGACAAGGAAGGGCAGGCAGAUGCUGGUGACCGGUUGGGGCAGCACAAACGAUGAAAUGAGGAAUUACUCUGCUCUCCUCAGCUACAUCGAAAUCCCCAUUGUUCCCAAGAAUGAGUGUGCCCAAGUGAUGACAAACACCAUCUCUGACAACAUGCUGUGUGCGGGGAGUUUAGGAGACAGGAAGGAUUCUUGCAGUGGGGACAGUGGAGGACCUAUGGCCACUAAAUAUAAGGAUACUUGGUUUCUGGUAGGACUGGUGAGCUGGGGAGAAGGCUGUGGAAAAAAAGAGAAGUUUGGAGUGUACACCAAAGUUAGUCAGUACCUGGAAUGGAUCCAGCACCACAUACGUAAGAUGUCAGGUUCUUGGAAGGGUUGAUUC